CAACCAUCACACGAACCACACACCCGCGCAAGAGGGAAAAGAAGGCCGGGGGCAUCAAAGAAUCCAAGCCAACGCGCCACGUAGCGGCGAGCAAUGUACCAAGCCAUCCCCUACAGCAGCACCCGGACCUGGGCCCGCCCGUCGCCGGCGGCGGAGGCGGCCGUCGCCGUCAAGACGGAGACCACGGAGGCGGCGGCGUCCCGGGAGGACGCGGCGGGGGUUGAGAGGGCGGUGUCGGAGAGCCCGGUCGUGGUGGUGGGGAGGCGGGCCUGCUGCCUCACCCACGUGGUGAAGCGGCUGCUGCAGGGGCUCGGGGUCAACCCCGCCGUGCACGAGGUCGCCGACGAGGCGGCGCUCGCCGGGGUCGUGCCGGACGGCGGGGAGGCUGCGCUCCCGGUGGUGUUCGUCGGGGGGAAGCUCCUCGGCGGCCUCGAUCGCCUCAUGGCCGUCCACAUCUCCGGCGAGCUCGUGCCCAUCCUCAAGAAGGCCGGCGCCCUCUGGCUCUGAUCGGACCCUUCCUUCCUUUCCUUAGUUUCCUUUCAUCAGAAGACGGUGCCGCGGUUUAAUCCUGGCCGUUGGAUCGAAUUUUACACCGCGGCCGAUUUACUCUAGGAUUUUGGGUUUCUUUAAUGGUGUGCUAAAUUUUUUCUCAACAAAUAUAUUCAUGAGAAAAAAGAAACAGACAGGUAGCAUUACUGUUUUUCGUAAUUUAUUUCGUCUGGUCAUGAGCAUGUGAAUACGGAAGAAGAGCGUGCGCGGCAUUGCAGCGUCUGUACAGUUUGUCGUUUCUAUUUCCGAGUUAAUGAGAAUCAGAUGCUUCUUACGGA